AUGCAGCUCGACGACAAGGCCAGAGACGGAUUGCUUCCUCUGAGCUCACAGGGCCCGUCUGCGGCCCGCGGCUCCCUCAAGGGCCGCUGCAAGGCCCUUGUCUGCACGCUCGCCGUUGCACUCCUCACCCUCGCCUGGCUCCAUCCCGCAACGCUCGACCGCGCAGUUGGCUGCAUCCGCCAGCCGAGCAUCGACUCGCGAUGCACAUCGAGCGACUUGAGCAGACGCUGCAAAAACCCGCUAAAGCACGCCGAGCACCUGCUUCAAUCGCAUCCGCUCGUCGACGGGCAUGUCGAUGUUCCGGUCAUCGCACGCUAUCGCUACGGCAACAAGGUCGCCGAGAUCCCCUUUGGCCAACCCGCGUUCCCGAACGGCAGCUUUCCGACUUCGGGCCAUGUCGACAUUCCGCGUCUGCGCGCUGGUAAGAGUGGCGGCUUUUUCUGGUCCGCCUACGUCGAGUGUCCUGACGCCGCCACGGUCGGCGAUGACUUUGAGCACGCUGGCAAUCAGAUCGGCGUGCGCGACACGCUCGAGCAGCUCGACGUGAUCAAGCAAAUGACCGACCGGUACCAUCACGACUUUGCGCUCGUAGGCGAUGCACGCUCCGCGAGGAAGGCAUUCAAGGCCGGCAAGAUGAUCAGCUUCAUUGGCAUCGAAGGAGCGCACUCGCUCGGCAACUCGCUGUACGCGCUGCGUGCCUUUGCUGCCCUGUUCAGCAGCAGAGCGCCAGGUCCAGUGCGAUACCUGACGCUAACGCACACUUGCCACAAUGCAUUUGCGGACAGCGCGGGCCAGCACCCACCGAGAUGGAACGGUCUGAGUCCGUAUGCCAAGCAUCUCAUCUACGAGCUCAACAGGCUGGCGAUCGUGCCGGACCUCUCGCACGUGUCGGAUCAGACGGCGCUGCAGACUAUCGACGUCACCAGAGGCCCGCUCAUGCUCUCGCACUCGGCAGCGAGGGCGCUCAACGACCUCGAGCGCAACGUGCCCGACUCGGUGCUGCACAAGCUCGCGGACUCGGGCAAGGACCAUGUGGUCAUGAUCAACAUUUACCCCGGCUUUAUCGGCGGCGAGGGCGACCUGGACCAGGUCAUCAGACACGUCGACCACGUCAGCAGCAUCGUCGGCCGCGACCACGUGGGAGUCGGCACCGACUUUGACGGCAUCCUGAGCACGCCCAAGGGGCUCGAAGACGUGACGAAGUAUCCGGAUCUCGUGGCGGCACUGGUCGAGCGCGGAUGGUCGGACCGCGAGCUGGCCGGGUUUGUGGGCGACAACGUACUGCGCGUGCUCGAAGCAGCCGAGAACGUCGCCGCAAAGAUGCACAGAAACGGCGCACAGCCGGACAACACUAGCUGGGACGACGUCUUCCGCCCGCAUGCCCAGCAUGGCGAACUGUGA